AAGCUUUGAUGCCAUCCUUGUAGAACACAAUUUCAAUAAAGAUGAGAAUGAGAGUGUUAGCCGUUUACAUUGUAGUUGCUCUUUCCCUCACCAUUAAUGGCAUUGAGUGCAAUCUGAGUCUAUCACAGUCAAAUUUUUCCGCUGAUACUUACAAAAGCUUCAUCAAGAACUUACGCAAGCAACUCACCAUUGGUGCCUCUUAUGGAUCAGCAGGAAUUCCCAUUUUGAAACACUCAGUGCCAAUUUGCGAACGCUUCCUUCUCGUGGAUCUCACCAAUGGAGACAACGAAACCAUCACUCUGGCAAUAAACGUGGAGGAUGCUGGAUUCGCAGCAUAUCGUGCAGCUGACCGAUCCUAUUUUUUCCAAAACGCUCCGCCGAUAGCUUCGUACGUUAUCUUCACUGACACCAAUCAAAACAUCAUGAAUUUCAACAAUACCUUCGAAUCUAUAGAAAUCGUCGGUGGCACAACCAGAUCUGAAACUCCCCUUGGAAUCAUGCAUUUCGAGGCAAGCAUCUUCCACUUGUUCGUGCAUGAUGAAAACUACGUCCCUACCUCGUUUCUUGUGCUGAUCCAAAUGGUGUUGGAAGCUGCCAAGUUCAAGUUCAUCGAGCAGAAAGUUAUCCAUAGCAUAAUGGAUAUGGAAGACUUCACUCCUGGCCUCGCAAUGCUGAGCUUGGAGGAAAACUGGACACAACUUUCUUUGCAACUCCAAGCAUCAGAGUCUCUGAAUGGAGUGUUUGGCGAUUCUGUGUCACUUUAUAACUCCAUGGACGAACCCAUUGGAGUGGACAGCAUGUAUUACCCAAUCCUCACUGCAAACAUGGCUUUUCAACUUUAUCAAUGCCCAUAUGGUGUUAUAAGGAUGAUGCCUACAAUAACUAUGCCAAACCAAAACAAUGAACAGUGCUCUCCACAACAGCGCACGACACGCAUCAGCGGUCGAGAUGGAUUGUGUGUUGAUGUAUAUGGUGCAUUAACAGCUGAUGGUUCUCGUGUGAUUUUGUAUCCAUGUGGGCAACAACAAAAUCAACAAUGGACGUUUUAUCCAGACAACACAAUUCGAUCCUUAGGAAAAUGCUUGGCGACCAGUGCCUUAAGCUCCGGAAGCAAUGUAGUGAUUACGAAUUGUGAUUACCUUCGCUACGACGACGGAUGGAUGGUUUCGAGUUCUGGGACAAUGAUGAACAAAUCCUCUCACCUUGUGUUGACAGCAAAUGCAGCUACAAGUCGCACGAACUUAACGGGGGAGAACAACGUAUUUGCUGCUAAGCAAGCUUGGAGAAUUGGAAACUAUGUGGAACCAAUUGUAACAACCAUCAUAGGACUUCGACACAUGUGUUUGGAAGCUACGGAUAAUGAUACCAACGUGUGGUUGGAGAGUUGUGUGAAGAAUAAGACAAAGCAAUAUUGGGCACUUUAUAGUGAUGACACUAUUCGAGUGAAUAAUAACCGCAAUUUGUGUGUGAGCUCUUCUACCGAUAGCUCAUCAAAACUCAUCGUCAUUCGUAGGUGUGAUGGGUCAAUCAACCAACGCUGGGUUUUCACACCACAAGGCACAAUCUCGAACCCUGGAUAUGAAGCGGUGAUGGAUGUGGCGCAAAAUGACGUCUAUCUCAAGAAGAUAGUUUUAUCUUCUGCAACUGAUAAGGGUAACGGUCAGCAAUGGACGGUGUUCUAUUGAGUUUGCUUAUCCACACAUGAACUCAAUGCAUGUACUACAAAUGUAUUUGGGUGUAUGUAUUGUAAUAUUACUUAAUAAAUAAGUGUGGUUUCAGUAUUGUCUAAAA